AUGUUGCAGUAUCCGCACGAUAGCAGUAUGGUGUCGCCAUCCUGCUGUCUUGAGUAUCGACCUACAGGGGUGUUCUGGCUAAUUCUCUUCUUCGUGGUGUUUCCGGCAAUUUACCUAAGCGGAAAGGUCAUUGGUACAUUCCUAAUUGUACUGCUGCGAGUGUUAAGAGGACUGUGCAAGCUGCUAUUGUGGGAUGAUGAGGAUUAUGAAGAAGAGGCUGAGGAGUUGAGAUUAGAAAGACAGAGGAAAUUGCUGGAAAAGGAGGAGGCGAGGCGGAUGCGUCGCGCAGAGCGUGCCAAAAAACGCGCGGAUGACGCAGCGCGGCAAUUGGCAGAGAAAAAUGAACAG